AGAAGUCCUUAUAGUCCAAGGCCUGUUUCCCUGUAGCAGCUUCCUAUAGAUGUGGUAGGAGGAAAGUGCUCCAGAUCCUUUCAGGACUCUUGGUCUAACGGGUGCGGCACAAAUCGAGUGAGGGAAGAGGGAGGAAAACCCCCUGGAUCCCUGCAGGGUUAAUUUAUUAAAAAAGGAAAUAAUAGAAAAACCGUCAACAUGCAAAAGCCUUGUGAAGAAAAUGAAGGAAAACCACAGAACAUGCCAAAGGCCGAGGAAGAGCGCCCUCUGGAAGAUGUACCACAGGAGGCAGGAGGAGAUGCUCAACCUUCCGAAGAAGGUGUAAGCCAGGAAGCAGAGGGAAACCUUAGAGGAGGGCUGACUCAACCGGGCCAGAGAUUUAAGGAGGACAUUCCUGUUAGGCAUUUGGACCCUGAAGAAAUGAUAAGAGGAGUAGAUGAGUUGGAAAGGCUUAGGGAAGAGAAAAGAAGGGUAAGAAACAAGUUUGUGAUGAUGCAUUGGAAGCAAAGACAUUCACGCAGCCGUCCUUAUCCUGUGUGCUUUAGGCCUUGAAUUCUGUUUUUGUCUGAUGGUAAAAUCUGGCCCCUGCUUUCUUUAUUAGCAUUUUAUGAUGUAUCUUUGACCUUCAUUUUACUCUUAAUCUGAAUGAAUUUUGUUUUAGGUAAUUUACUUGUUAUGAGUAUCUCACUGGAUUUUGUACUUUGACCCAUUCUCUAGGUCUAUUUUUCAGUUAGGAAGUUUCACAUUUGCAUGAAAAUACGUUCAUUUCGUAUUGUAAAAUAAAAUAUAACAGGUUACAAAGCAGCGUAUUUAGUAUCAGCUCACAUAUGUAGGAUAAAAUCCCAAACUGUGUAUACAUAUGUAUACAUACAUGUACCAGAAACUGCUUUGUGUGGUG